GUAUUGUAAUACUAAGUUUUUUAUUUUCAGUUUUGUACUUUACUUUAUAGAAUAAAAAUUCAAACUCAUUUAAAUUCAAUUUUCAAAAAUCAAAUUACGAAAUCCCUAACUUCAAGCUCUCAUCCUCGCUUGUUAAUCCAUCCCCAUUUCCUCUCCACUGAGAAUCUAAAUAUUUUACAUUUCUAAUAAUACCCAUUUCUUCUUUCUCUCUCUUUCUGUUCAAAGUUUUGUCUUGUUGAGUUCAGUCUUAUUAAAAGAGACAAACUUUCGGUUUUUCUAAUUUUUGAAUUUUUAGAUUUUGAAAGGAAAGAGAAGAGAGAGAAAGAUAGAGAAGCAAAGAAAAGAAGAAGAAAGGAAAUGGCAUCAAAUAUAGGGAUGAUGGAUAGUGCAUAUUUUGUUGGAAGGAAUGAGAUAUUAACAUGGAUCAACAAUAGGCUUCAACUCAAUCUUUCUCGCAUUGAAGAGGCUGCAUCUGGUGCUGUGCAGUGUCAGAUGAUGGAUAUGACUUAUCCGGGAGUUGUUCCUAUGCACAAGGUGAACUUUGAUGCGAAGACGGAAUACGAUAUGAUUCAAAAUUACAAGGUUCUGCAGGAUGUAUUCAACAAGUUGAAAAUUGAUAAACAUAUUGAAGUCAACAAGCUUGUUAAAGGACGACCUUUGGACAACUUAGAGUUCUUACAGUGGCUGAAACGAUACUGUGAUUCUGUUAAUGGUGGCAUCAUGAAUGAGAACUAUAAUCCUGUGGAACGGAGAAUUAAGGGUGGAAAGGAUCGUAAUUCAAAGGGUUGUCAGAAGACCUCAAAAUCACUGCAAUCAAACAAUAUGCACAACUCUGGGGAGCCAGUUGGCCUGAGUAAAAUGUCUGGACCAAAGCAAGGGAGGGGAAGUACUGUGGCAGGUGGAGCUAAUUCUUCAGUGGAGAUUCAGACUUUGUCUAAGGAAGUCACUGACCUGAAGCUCUCUGUGGACCAUUUGGAAAAAGAAAGAGACUUUUACUUUGCAAAGUUAAGGGAUAUAGAACUACUCUGUCAAACUCCUGAAUUGGAGGAUAUCCCGAUGGCAGUGGCAAUUAAGAAGAUAUUAUAUGCUGCAGAUGCAAAGGAAUCUGCACUUGAAGAAGCUCAAGAAUAUUUAUAUCAAGCUAUGAAUAGCGGUGAAACUGAGGCUGAAAAUGAAGCCUGAAUGUUGAUUAGCAAUGGAUAGCUUGCUUAGAAUGGGGAAGACACUCUCAGGGCCUUAUUAAACAAGCUCUUUUCGGUUGUAUUUAUCAUGGGGGUACCAGUGGUCUUUCACAACUAGACUCUUAAAACUGUUUUAACGAAAAUAAAUGUAAGCCUUUAUUUUCUUGCACCUCCCGGAUAGGUUAUCUUGAACUGAAGCAAUGACUAAUUGCUUAUCGAUAGGGUCUGCUGGUGCUCCCUUUCUUUUCUUUGCAUAUAUUUCCCAGUUUUUAAGCCGUUUCAUUCA